AUGACCAUGGUAAUCUCUCUCUUCAGCCAAGGCCCCUCCGUAACGCCUUUCGGUUUGUCCCUCUCUCCUUCCUCCCUCACACCCCACUCACCCCUUUCCCUCUGCUACUUCUGGUAUAGAAUCAGCCUCUCUGAAGGAGCUGUGAGCGUUGCAGACCCCCCUCCCUCUUCCACCCCCCCUGAUGCUGUGUCUUCCGCUGAUGGCGCUGCUGGUGCUUCUAACGAAGGUGACAGUAACGGAGGCGGGGCUGAGCCUGCCCGAAGUGGCCGCUUCGACUCUCUGGUUCAGUCAGCAAAGAAUUUCUUCCUGCCCGCUGGAUACCCGGGCAGCUUGACCAGUGACUACACCAGCUACAUGCUCUGGCAGUUCCCGGUGCACAUAACGGGGUGGGCCUCGUCAACCCUCGUCACAUCCACGCUCCUGCAAGCAGUUGGCGUCGGCUCGCUCGUUAAAGCCACAGCCACUGCCGCUGCUGGCACUGCCGCUGCCUCUGGUGCUGCUGCUGCUACUGGCGCUGCUGCUGGUGCCGUUGCUGCUGGUACGGCUGGUACAGUCGCAGCAGGAGCAGCAACCCUCGCAACCUCAGCAGCAGCAGCAGCAGCCGCCCUCCCCGCCGUAGACCCCGCUUCUGCCGCCGCCGCCACUGCCGCCAUCAAAUGGGUGGCUAAGGACGGCAUAGGCGCGGUCGGCCGCCUCCUCGUGGGCGGCAGGUUCGGCAGCAUCUUCGACGAGGAUCCGAAGCAGUGGAGGUUCGUCGCGGACCUAAUCGGCUCGUCCGGGGCAAUAUUCGAGCUCGCGACCCCCCUCGCGCCGACCCACUUCCUCCUCCUCGCAUCCCUCGGAAACCUCACAAAAGCAGUCGCGAAAGGGCUCAAAGACCCGUCGGCUAGGGUUAUCCAGACGCACUUUGCCCUGCAGGCGAAUGUGGGGGAGGUGGUGGCAAAGGAGGAGGUGUAUAAGGUGAUGGCGCAGCUGGUGGGGCUGGGGUGUGGCGUGCUGCUGCUCAGCUCGCCCUACAUUGCCGAGUCGUAUUGGAGCCUGGUCACCACGUGGGCUGUGAUUCGGUCAACUCACUUGGCGUUCCGGUUCAAGUCGCUCUCUGUGCUCGAGUUUGACUCUCUGAAUUUCAAGCGCAUGGCCAUCCUUGCCCGAGCGCACGUCUCAGGGGCAACAGAGCUGCCCUCUGUGCAGGCAGUGAACCAGAAGGAGCGCCUCUGGCUGCCUCGCCGACUGACAACUCCUCGCAUCAACCUCGGCUGCUCCCUUGCUGACUUGUCCGUCCUGCUUGAACAACAGUCAGCCAAUCGAAUGCCAAUCACGGAGCUCCUGGCACUGUAUCGAGACGAGCAGCAUGUGCUUCUAAUGGAUGAUACCGGUGCAUUUUCUGUCAUCUUCAAGCAAGGAGCAUCAAAGGGGACGGUUCUGAGGGUGGUGUGGCAGGCGUGCUGGCUGCAGCAGCAGAGGAGGGAGAGAAGAAGGGAGCAUGGGGCAGAUGGGGAGGAGGUCCACUCUGAUUUGGCUGACAGAAGCGGCGCCAGCAGAAGUGGUGGCGUUGGCAAUAGCAGCAGCAGCAGUGGUGGCAUUGGCAUUCUUCAAGAGUCUCUGAACGCGCUAGGCAGUGAGUUUGAGGGGUUUCUUGGCAAGGCAUCCACUGCUGGGUGGGACACCAACACUCUCGUGGCAAAGGUGCCGCCCUCCGCCCCUCUGCUCAUGCUGGAGUAUGAGGGGUUCCUCGCCCAGGAGACCGCUGCAGGGUGGGACACCAACACUCUCCUGGCAAAGGUGCCGCCCUCCGCCCCUCUGCUCAUGCUGUGA